UACAACAUGGCGUCCACAGCUUACCACGUCGUAGUCUUCGUGCUGUCCAUCCUAGCGACCGGCUGCUUGGUGGAUGCGGCCGCUGAUCCUCACGAUAGAUGGCUUACCCCAGCUCUCGCCACGAAACUGUCGUCGUGCAUCCAGUCUACUAAGUCAUACGCUCAAUCCGUAGGGAACAAUUUCACGCCUCUCACGGAGUGCGUCCUAUUCGCCGCAGAAUUGUCUGCACUUCAGAUAGCUGAUGUUAAGUGGUCCGACUACUUUUACCAAUGUGCCUCGAAGAAGGGAUCAAACCCUACUGCUUACGAAAACUGGGCUCAGGCCGCCUUGUCCUGCGCUGGAGCCUAAGUUGAUAAAUGAUAUAAGCUAGUAACAAAUCGUUUCACCCAUGAUAACAAGGACUCUUGGAAAGGGCACGAGCGACCCGCUGCUUUUAUGUGUACCGUUUACGUUGCAACGGUAACGUUGCAAAUGGCAGCCAGACAUAAAUCGAAAAGGCCAAACUGCG